AUUUUAAUGUAAUGUAUAUGUAUUUAUAUAUAAUAAAUAAAUGGGUUCGGUAAAAAUCGUGAGCUUUCGGCAGAGAUCAUAAGCGGCGUCGCGACGCCUGGUCAUGCAGCGACGGUAGCGGCAAAUAGUCGGUCACAAUCCACCGACGCGUUUAAACAUAUAUUGGGAUCACAUUGCGCGGGUUCUUAAUAUAAUACAUUAACUUGGUGGCGUGCUAUCUCCCCUGGGUUUUGAAUUUAUAAAUGUAUAGAUAUAUAUAUAUUUAAAAUAAAGUUACAAGUUUAAUAUAUAAUUCUCACGCGUAUAGUUAUUUUUAUCAGCGAGUUCUGUGUGAGGAUGAAUUCCUCAUGGUUUAAAUAAACCCACCAAAGUUAAAUAUCUUUUUAAAACAUCGGCUGUGUACAUCAUACGUCCUCGCUGCAAUGAUAAGUUUAUUUAUAUUUUUAAACUUUUAUCCAUCAAAAACAAUCUUUUAAUAAAUUGCACACCGACUUCUCAUCAUGCAUCACUCAGAUAAUUAAAUACAAUCUGGUGGUUUACUGAAUUUAAAUUGUGCGCGCUUUGCUGUAAGUGAAAUUUAACUUAUUAAAGACUUUGACAAUUUAAGUGCACUUACUACAUAUGUACACUGCUAUUAUUUAUCAGUAGUGCGCAAGUGAGUGAUUAAUUAAGUGUCUGAGUGAUGAAUAAACAAUCGUCUCUAUUAUCCGGCGCGGGUAAUAUUGAAAAAAAUAAAACUAAAGUUAAUUUAAAUAAUUGUAACAAUUCAACAGUUAACAUAAAAAAAGAACCGUCUGAAGAUGAAAUUAAGGAGUAUGCUGCCAAGGCAAUGAGCGAAUUAUUAGGCUGGUACGGUUACGGUAAAGUUGACAGUAGAUGCACACGUGGUCUUAACUUAAAUCAUUUCGCUACAAGACCACGGGGAAUUUAUCAAUCAGUGUCUCGGCAAUCGGCAUCAGACAGAGUAAUUAAUUACGCAGAUGAUAAAGGAUCGAGCAGGUCUAUAAAUUUACAAAGUAGGUCAUCAAAGUCACCGCAGUCGCGAAUGUCACGGUCACCAGUUAAUAAAACUAGCAGCACUUCAUCUAAAGACAAUCAAGGAACUGCAGCAAGUCCUAAAGUUAUUGAAAAUAGUGACUCUGCUUCAGAUACUCCUGAUCGUUCGACGUCAUGCUCCUGGUGCGGACGUACUGGUGGCACAUGGGAACCAGUAAGUGCGUCAUUGGCUUGCGAGGGUACCAGCAAUUCUGGAUUCACUAAUUCCAAUAGAUUUUGCAGCGAGGCUUGUUUUGCUGCCGGUAGACGCGCGGCUUUUAAACGAGCGCGAACUUGCGAUUGGUGCCGGCAUGUCAGACAUUCCGUAAGCUACGUCGAUUUUCAUGAUGGUGAAAGCCAGCUUCAAUUUUGUAGUGAUAAAUGUUUAAAUCAAUAUAAAAUGAACAUAUUUUGCCGGGAAACACAAGCGCACUUGGCAUUGCAUGGAAUACCAAGUGCGUCACCUACAAGUCCAAGUAGCGGUGGAUUGAUAACACCGGAGCUCUGGUUAAGAGACUGUAGAUCCGCACCCCCUAGUCCAGAUGACGAAGCGCUUGUCGUUGACGACGAACCCAGUGAUUGGCCGAGUACCUGUGACAAGCCGGAAGAUGAAUCCCACGAUUUACCAAAAAAAACCAAUGACAGUUGCUUGCAAUCGUCUGACAAUAGAAGUAGCAGUAGCAGUAUAAAUACCAAUAACCCAAGUAAUGGUAAACAAGAUGUGGAGUACGUUGAUGACGACGAAAAUGUUGAAGAAGCCAUCAGAGAGUCGCUGAAAGAUGAGGAGAGCCGUAGAUUGCAGGAACGUAUCGCCGAGUCAUCUAAAUCAUUAUCAAGUACAGAGUCGUCUCACGUUUCAAUUACUCCGGGUGUCUCUCUGAAUAAUAACAACAGUUCGACGAUUAAAAAUUGCAGAAGAUCAACGAGUUCCUCACCUGAAAGUUGUAAGGAAUCGCCGCCCACGAACUGUUCGAGAGAAGGAACGAUAUUUAUUAAGGAUGUGAGAAAGUUGUUGGUAAGAGAUGCAGUGAAACGUCAGCCGAGUUAUCGAUCGCGUCGAGUUUCCGGUAAAUCCAUGUGGCUUCCAGAGCCUCAUCAUUAUCACCAGCACAAUUACAGUCACUAUCCAAUGGGAUUUAACGCAGCCAAAGGAUUCACGAAUCCCGCGGCGCAUAAGAUGCCACUGCAAUUCACAAGAAGAAAUUAUUCCGGAACUUGUUCACCGCCUCCACCAACUGGAUCUCCGUCGCCACUCCAUCCAGGUGCUGCUAAAAUUUCAAAUACUCAGGGCGGAUUGUUGCCACCGGUCACUGUUCUGGUCCCUUACCCGAUUCCUAUACCGAUACCUCUGCCUAUUCCCAUUCCCAUUCCGUUAUUCGCUAAAUUUUUCAACUCGAAAAAUACAGACACUGAAAAAACAAGCGCUUAUACAAAUGGAGACUCAGUAGGUCCUCAAGAUCUCUCUCGACGCAGUCAGUCUUUACCGCAAGUCAAUAGUCCGAGUUUGUCUAGUGAAAAAUUAAUAAAUCUUUCGGAUUCAUCUACCUCGUCGUCGCCCGUUCUGUCCACAGCUUCAACGGGUCCGUCUUUUUUCGCGACUGCACCCAAACUCCAACCGACAGCUGUGAGAAAUACCACUCCCAGACCCCUGAGGAAACGAAGACGGCUUACAUCCGGAUCCUCUGAUCAGGAUCUCAGACUAAAGCGACGGAAUAAAUUUGUACCAGUUUAAAUUUUAAAUUUUAAAUUUGUUAUAGUUAUAGAAGUUGUUUUUUUAAAAUAAUUACUUGUGUUUUUAUUUAAAACGCAAGUAGUCUGUUUUUUUUUAUUUUUAUCUAGUGCUUUGAGAUAAAUAUACGUGAUGCUCUGUGAAAAAUAGUUAUAAUAAUUAAUAAAAUAAGUGUAUGUUUAACAACUGUAGAUGUUUUGAUGUGCAGAAGAAUAAUUUAAAUUAAAUUAAAUUAUAAAUUAUAUAUGGUCAGUACCAAAUACUGAUUAUUUAAAAUUUAUCUAGGUGUUGUACUUAUUUGUCAGGUGCCUGAUAUAUCUAUAUAAUAUUAAAAAAUAUAUUUUUAAGAAUGUCCGGUUUAUUUCUUUUUUUUUUUUUUUUUUUUCUUUAGUAAUACAAACUAAUCGUCAUGAUUAGGAUGAGUUAGAAUAAAUUUUUUAACAAAAUGUAAAUUGUGACUGGUAGAUAUUAAAUCUUAUAGUUUUUAUUUAUUGAUUAUAGAGAU